CUGCUAGGGUGGUUCUUUCGCUAACUCCACACCUUCUGGAGCCUGGCCGGGCUCGGCCCAGCUGGGGAGUGCAGCGACCAACCCAGCCUUGCCGCUGAGGCCCAGUUCCUGGCUGCGGACUGGACCAAAGCGAUCAGCCCCUUCCGGAGACCACACCCACGAGGACAGUCACCAAGAAUGUUAGAAACCCGGCGGGGAGCUGUGUCCCGGAGGCGCGUGAGCAGCAGAAUUCCGAGGACGUCCGGUGUAAAUGCAUCUGUCCUCCUUAUAAAGAUAAUUCUGGGCAUAUUUAUAAUAAGAACAUAUCCCAGAAAGAUUGCGAUUGCCUCCAUGUUGUGGAUCCCAUGCCUGUGCGGGGGCCUGAUGUAGAAGCAUACUGUCUGCGCUGUGAAUGCAAGUAUGAGGAAAGAAGCUCUGUUACAAUCAAGGUUACCAUUAUAAUUUAUCUCUCCAUUUUGGGUCUUCUACUUUUAUACAUGGUAUAUCUUACUCUGGUUGAGCCCAUCCUGAAGAGACACCUCUUUGGACACUCACAGCUAAUACAGAGUGAUGAUGACAUUGGGGAUCACCAGCCUUUUGCAAAUGCCCACGAUGUGUUGGCCCGCUCCCGCAGUCGAGCCAAUGUGCUGAACAAGGUAGAGUAUGCCCAGCAGCGCUGGAAGCUUCAAGUUCAAGAGCAGCGAAAAUCCGUCUUUGACCGCCAUGUUGUCCUCAGCUAACUGGAAAUCAAAUUCAAGAUGACUAGAAGGAUACAAGGCAGACAAUUGGAAAGAAUUGACUGAGUUUUCCUGGAUUUUAUUUUAACAACCUUGUUGAUUUCACAUAACUCUUGCUGGAAGAUUCAAAACUGGAAGUAAAAAUGUGCUUGAUUUUUUUUUCUUGUUAAAGUAUUAAUGGAGACAUUUUUAAAAGCACACAUCUCAAAAGUCAGCCAAUAAACCUUUUCCUAUUUAUAACUUUUAUUAAUAAAUUGAAUCUGCCUGUAAAUUAUCUUGAAGUCCUUUAUCUGGAAUAAGCACUCUCUUUUUCACCACACAGUUUUAACUCAGAUUUCAAGAUGAUUUUCAGGUGGUUGGGGUUUUUUUGUUUUUGUUUAUUUGGGUGAGUGGGGGUGGAGGGGAUUGGUGGUGGUGCGUGUGUUGGAAGUGCUUAACACAAGUGACUUCACUAAACAAAUUUUGUAAAUAGUCUUUACCUCCUGUUUGCAAGUUUCAUUUAUAUUUUGCAGCAUAGCCAGCCUUAUCAAAGCGCUAAGUUACCCUUUUGAAUUUUGCACUGACUAUAUUAGCUAGGCAAAUGGUUGGUCUGUGGCUGCACAUUGAUGGUAAACUGGUUCUGAAAUACCUGGUGGCUGUGCACAAAAUGCAGAGUUUCUUCGUGUACUGCGAUGUCUGAUGCAAUGCAUCCUAGAACAAACUGGCCAUUUGCUAGUUUACUCUAAUUACUCAACAUAUAAUCUUGGUGUGUGAGAUGGUCUUUCUCAUCUUCUUUAACUGUCUUUAAGAACAAAUCCUAAGGACUUGGAAAUUUGCAAUAAAGGAAUUUUCUUUUAAACCUGAGCCUCCCUGGAUUGAUAAUGUACAUAUAUUUAUCAGCACUUCCAGUUGGGUUGGGAGGUAGCUGUUUGAGCUCUAGUGUAUAGCUUUGAACUAGGCUGAGGUUCUGGAUGUCUCCCUCUGAAAGAUAUAACAGUUAUUGGAUAACUGCUUUAUUUUGCCCCCUUUCUUUCUAGUCCUCUUUGGAAUGUAACAAUAAAAAUAAUUUUAAAACAUC